CAGUGAUUACAAAGCUUAUGGUUCAAUGUUUCCGACAGAUGAAGUUCUUAAUCGUUGCGACGCUGCUGGCGCUCGGGGUGGCAACAGCCUCAUCAGCCCUGGUGGAUGAGUCAGAGCCUGCUACCGCUGCCGUAAAGAUCCUGGGCGGAUACGUGACCCGGACCCGUUUCACCACAUUGUUUUCCACGACCCUCAAGACCUGCAUCACGCAAGUGGGCCAAAAUGCCCAGUGCCAAGGACGAAAGAAGAGGGAGGCCAAGGCCUUGAACGAAAACCUCAUGGCCGCCGACAACGUGCGCGAAGUCCUCCUGGACUCCUCUCAAGGCGAGAAGGUCGAGGCCGUCGGUCCCCAGGCGGCAAGCUCUUCGUCUCCCUCAAUAGCUUCACACCUUGGACGACCGUGUCCCACCGUGUCCCUCCUUCCCCCCCGAGGGCCUCACGUACGCCUUCUGUUGAGCGCUGACGAGCAAUUCGGAUGCUGA